CAGCACAGAAACACUUGUCAUGGUCAUAUGUAUUUUGUCUUAGUAAAUAGCUUCCAGGUUUCAUAAAAUAGUACAGAUGAAUAAAUAUUAAUUAUUGUACUAUUUUUCGAGACACGGAAAUAUUGGCGAAAAUGACGUAAUCUAGCACUGUGAUGGUCUAUUCAGGUGCGAAAUGAAAACGAGGCCGUCUGUAUACAUAUGGUGCUACGUAUACUGGUAUAAUGACGGAAGCGAUGUCGACAAGGGCAGUGUGAGUAGAUCGCCUGACAGCUCACUGUAGCCAGACAGACAAAAAAUAAGCAAAAUAUGACGACGGGAUCUUUACGUGCGUCAGGAGUGAGUUAAGCUAAACACUUGACAUCUUUACCUGAAAGUCUCUUCCUUCACUGAUAACAACAUGGCGUCUAGUUCUGUGAGUCAGGAAAGCUUAGAUACAGAGGAUUUUGCAAUCAGUGUUCGUAAGAGUAGAAUACGUAACAUGCGUGCCCGGGGGUUGAAUCCUGGCCCGCGGAAUACGGACCGAGAGAGGGAAGAAGACCCCUACGAGCGCGACAACAGGUUAGACGAGGACACUGAUACUCCUGGCUGGGGGGUCAUCCACGAACACGAGUCUCCAGCCCGAUCCAACCCCACCAGCCGGACCAAGGACAAGAGGACACGCCCAAACCACCUGCAUAAAGGCAAGCUGCCCAAAGACAAAAGGAAGCUAAGGGAAAAGAGGAGGAGCACAGGGGUGGGGCUAGGCGGUCUGGCUCACCUCGCAUCCGCUGAGAGUACCGGGGACUCUCUGGAUGAGGAUGAUGAGGAUCCAAAAGGUUCCACAGAGACCAAGCGCAACACAUCAUACAAUGAGAUCAUUGACGAGGACAAUCCACAAACGCCCUCUGACGAUCACCGCAUUCCAAAAGGUUUCAUGUCCAGAAGGACAAAGAGUCCAUCUGACCUUGAGGCUGACUUUGAAGACAACCAGGAUUAUGACAGUACAGUUAGCCAACCUGAGACCAAUUUGACAUUAAUUGGAAAAUCGGAUUCCACAGAAUCCAACCAUGUACACAGUCCAAUGUUGGGACAUGGACGAGGCAUGUUUGUGCCGUCCCACCAUGUGUCUGCUGAACCUUUUAUACACUUCAGCUCUCAUAACACCAGUAAUCCAGAUUCUAAGCCCCCCACACCUUCCCCAUAUGCUGGACUGGGCCGCCAGAGUAGGUAUGGAAUUGCCACGAAUGCAGCACGGUGCCGGAAAACAGAACUAAAUAGCACAGAUACUAAGGACUUGCCUGUGAUAAGGCCUUUGACAUCCGUGAUAAAUCGCUAUCAGGAACGAAAAUCGGACAGUGACAAUAACGGUUUCAGUGGAUACCGGCACCAUGACCCAGAACACCUGCCAGGGUCAGUGAUGAGCCACAGACCCUUCCUUAAUCAGUCUCUAAAGGAGGAUGAAAAGAUUAAGCUAGAGCAGUUGUUGGAAAAAGAAAAAGAAGAAAACAGGAAGUUGAAGGAGAUGUUGGAAUCAAAAGAUAAGAAAAUUGCUGAACUGGAAAAGGAAGUAUCUUCAUUAAACAAGGAUCUUGAAGACUUUGAUGACGAGAACCAGAAAUUGGUGUUGGAAAAUAACUCACUGAUCCGGGCAGUGUCAAAUCUCAGUAUCACAAGUACACCUGUGUAGGACAGCAAUACCCCUGUCUAUC